AUGGCCAACUCUACUGAUGGACCGCCAAAGCGUCCUAAUUUCCUCUUCAUUCUCGCCGAUGACUUGGGCUUUUCCGACGUUGGCUGCUACGGCGCCGAGAUCCAAACCCCCAACAUCGAUCGUCUUGCCUCGGAGGGCAUUCGCAUGCUGAACCACCAUGCUGCUGCAGCUUGUUCGCCUACCAGAGCGAUGCUCCUCAGCGGAACUGAUGCCCACCUUGGUGGUUUAGGUGUUCUCAUAGAAUACAAGGGUCACGAAAAAGGAGCUAAGCGAUUUGGAGGAAAGGCUGGCUAUGAAGGCUACCUCACUGAAAAUGUCGCUACCAUUCCCGAAAUAUUGGAGGACAACGACUAUUUCACUGCUAUGUCUGGGAAGUGGCACUUGGGUAUGCGUGAUGCCCAGGGACCGUGGAACCGUGGUUUCCAGAAGACAUUUGCGAUGCUUCCCGGGUGUUGUAACCAUUACGGGUGGGAACCUGUACACGAGAAGUUUCCUGUUGGUGGCCGCCCAAUUCACGCCGAGAGUGGCAAGAAAGUUGAUAUAACUCCAAACAAAACGGAAGACCCAAACGGUUUCUACUCCACCGACGCCUACACUGAUAACCUCAUUCAGUAUUUCGAGGGACGAACAGAGAAGGAUAAAGAAAAGCCUUUCUUUGCAUAUCUGCCAUAUACAGCACCCCAUUGGCCAUUACAAUGUUCGAAGGCACAACGCGACAAAUACAAGGGCAUAUAUGACGAUGGACCCUAUGCACUACGUGAACGCCGAUUGAAGAAGCUUGUGGAUUUGGGCAUAAUAGACAAGUCUGUUGUUCCUCACCAAGUAGAGACAGAGACAAUGGGUGUUGGUGAAUGGGAUGACCUUUCACCUGAAGAAAAGAAGCUAUCGAGUCGAGCGAUGGAGGCUUAUGCAGGUAUGGUAGACUCCAUCGAUGUAAACAUCGGCAAGGUGGUGGACUACCUGAAGUCAACGGGCGAGUAUGACAACACAUUCAUUGUUUUUAUGAGUGACAACGGAGCUGAGGGAGCAUCCUUGGAGGCGAUUCCUGUCAUGGGAGAGAAAAUCGCAAAGGCCAUUCAUCAGUACUACGAUAACUCUUACGACAACAUCGGCUCUUGGAACUCUUUCACCUGGCUUGGUCCAUUGUGGGCUCAGGCGUCCACUGCCCCGUCGAGAUUGUUCAAAUGCUUUCCAUCGCAAGGAGGUAUUCUCGUACCAUGUAUUGUGAAGCCUCCGGUAAACACAUUCCAUUCGUCAUUCAAACCAGGAACCUUUGAUCGUUCAUUCUCAACUGUAAUGGACUUUGCGCCAACCUUUCUCGAACUAGCUGGUGUAUCUCUCCCGCCUGCUUCUGCAACGACACCCUCCGCAGAGGCGGGAAGGCGCAUCACUACUUUGGCCGCAAAAACCGUCCCUUUCCGUGGAAGAUCAGUACAUACCAUUCGAGGAAAGUCCUGGGUACCGUUCUUCGGUCGAGCCGAAAAGGUGGAAGACAAUGAGUUGUGGACAAUCCACUCUUCUACUGAACCUGUUGGUUGGGAACUAUUUGCCAGGGGUGCUUUACGAAAGGGCAACUGGAAAAUAGUUCAUAUCUCUAAGCAACAAGGUGGUGCUGGGGUAGCUGAUGAGGGGUGGGAGCUGUUCAACGUCGUUGAAGACCCUGGCGAGACUCAGAACCUGGCGGAGAGCAACCCUGGGAAACUGGAAGAACUACUUGUACAUUGGGAUGAGUACGUGGUGGAAUGCGGAGUUGUGUGGGGAGAAAAGGCGGAGGCUCUGGGUCUUGACAAGGACAGUGCUCCAGAGCUUUGGGAAGAUGACACGGACUUGCAGAGGAGUUGGAUAGGUGCAAAGGCGGGUGAAUGUUUAGCCUGA